GUAACUCAAGGAAAAAACCGGUUAUAAGGACGCAACAAUGCUUUGGAGAUCGAAGCCACGGUUUUCUCGGGCGAUGUGGGUUUGACUGAAAUUAGCCGAAAACCAAAGCCUAAACCUUGAAAAAAUCGUACUUCCUCUCCUGUAACGGCUGCUGCUCUUAUCUCAUAACAGCACACAUGUACUGUCUUCACAACUCCUCCCCUUAUCUCAUAACAACGCACAAGUACUCUAUUCGCACCUCCUCUCACUUCUCUCUCUUCUUUCUUUCUUCGCUGUCUGGCACACUCAAUUUCUUAAUUAAAACCUAAUAAACUUCAUACUCUUUCUUAACUUAGCUUAGCUAGCUUAGCUUGUUUUCAUCUGGGUUUGUUCUUCAAUGGCCGAUAAUGGCGGAUUUGACGGGGACCAAGGCACCACUACCAGUUUCUCUCAAUUGUUAUUCUCUGACGAUGUCGUUUUGGGUCCUGAUAUCGACCACACUUUAAUCAACUAUUCUUAUUCUUCGUCUUAUUUGCCUUCUUCUGCUCAUGAAAAGGCUCCCAAAAUGCUUUGUUUUGGUAACUAUGGAGAAAAUGAUCAUAGCGAAAUAUUUAUGUAUGGUGGUGAGAGUAUCAUGACCAGAGCCACUCCUCAGAAAUCUGGUGUUAUUUGCAGUGAUUCUUCUUCUGCUUCUUCCGGGAAUAACAGCAGUGCCAACACUGCUCAAUAUUCCAAAUCUAAUGAAAGCAAAAAACGUAAUGGGUCUGGCAAAGAAUCAGUUCCAUGCUCAAGCAACAUAGCCACAACGCCAGUGACAACUCAGAGAAGUAGUAAAAAGACCAAAGCAGAAAAUCCCCCUUCAUCUACCGGCCAUGCAAAGGCGAGGAAAGAGAAGCUAGGAGAACGAAUCACGGCAUUGCAGCAGCUUGUUUCUCCUUUUGGCAAGACAGAUACGGCGUCGGUUCUGCAUGAAGCGAUGGGCUAUAUCCGAUUCCUCCACGAUCAGCUUCAGGUUCUGUGCUCUCCGUACCUGCAACACCACUCACCUGGUGGUGGAGAAAAUGGAGGAGAUGAAGAAACAUGGACGGACCUGAAGAGCAGGGGGCUGUGCCUGGUUCCAGUGGCUUGCACUGUGCACGUAGGGAACAACAACGGGGCGGAUUUCUGGUCACCUGCCAUGGGAAACAAUGUUUCAUCAUCAUCAUCAUUCACAAAGCAGCAGUGAAAUAUUCAACUCAAACGUUUUAACUUUCUACUGUGCAUGGUGUUUGUUUCUUGGCGUUCUUGCCUUGAACAGACUUGACGACUCGUGUUAAGAAAAGUUAAAUUUAGUUUUAAAGCAAAGGGACAGGAGAGGAAGCUGAGAAAGUUCACGCUUUGUUAAAGGAUAGAUAUGAAAGUGGUAAUGUUCAUGAUAAGUGAAAGGUGAUGUUGUUUUGGGUAGUUUUUCAAUGAUAAAGCAUUGAAAAACUUCUGGAGCUUAGGAAAUUACAAAUGCAAUUUUUGAGGAGAGGGUUCGUUGCUUUUUGCCUGUUAAUUUCUUUAUUAUUACUUUUUUAUUUUGGUUUUGGAGGAUGUAGUUUUGUUCAACAAUGAUAUAAGUUCUCAUACAGUACGAGUUUAAAUAUCUUAUGUAAAUAUAUCAAAAUCAAUCGUAUUAUUUAUA